UCUAAAUCCUUUUACCUUAAUAUACAUUAAGAAACAUAAAGAAUUGCUGAACUAGCGAUGGACUAUCCAUCCACGUGGCAAGAGCCCAAAGAUUUAGAGGGAAGAUAUGAAAUAACAGGUAACAGAAAUAUAAUCUUUACUACAAAAGAAAAAGGAAAAGAAACAUCAACUUCUAGCUUUGAAUCUUGCUGUAAUCUCCAAUCAAGAAGCACACAGAAACUGCACAUCCUUGUUAGCGGAGAUGCAAUAGAGGUAUACCCAACUGGGAGUAACCAUGUCUUUGCUCACUCCUACCUGUUGCUCUAAGAGGCUGACUGGCCUCUGUCAUUUACACAAGAUUUUGCCUAAUAAUUCAACUAGGAACUAUAGAUUUUGCACAAAAGCUUUUGCAAGGCAGCAGAUACCAAAGAAAAAGUUGAGGAGAAAUAGACAAUUAGAAAAUGGGAUUGCUUUGAAGACUACUACUGAUAAAAGUUUCACUGAAAAUGAUGAUGGGUCUUCUUUAGAAGAUAGUACUGUCAAUAACAUUAUGGAAAAGUUAAUUAGUAUACCUUCAAGAAGGGCAGUUCUUCAGGCAUGCACUGUUACUUCUGGCUUGAUAGCUGCUUUGGGUAUUUUAAUUAGACAGGUAUCUCAUGUUGCAUCAGUGGAAGGAUUGCCAAUUCUUGAUUGCUCUUCAGAAGUCUCAUGUAUAAUUGGUACUGAGACAUGGCAUUUUGAGUUGGUUAUAGGAUUGGUUGUUCUGAUAUCAUCAUCUCGGUACUUGUUGCUGAUGACAUGGCCAGAUUUUGCUGAAUCUACAGAAGCUGCUAAUCAGCAGGUCCUCACAUCACUUCAACCUUUGGAUUACAUUGUAGUUUCAUUUUUGCCUGGAAUUAGUGAGGAACUCCUUUUCCGCGGUGCACUGCUACCACUUUUUGGAAUGGACUGGAAGAGUGCCUUAGCAGUAGCUGCUGUAUUUGGUGUUCUACACUUGGGUAGCGGCCGAAAGUACUCCUUUGCUAUCUGGGCAACGUUUGUCGGACUCGCGUACGGGUAUGCCACCAUUGCAUCCUCGAGCAUCAUUGUGCCUAUGGUUUCUCAUGCAUUGUACAAUCUGGUUGGAGGGAUCCUGUGGCGCAGCACAUCCAAGCUGUCGAAGUCAUUAGAAUAGGUAUUAUUAGAGGGCUAUUACCUAAGUUUCACUCAUACAACCUCUGUCAUUAGAGUCUUAAUUUGGAAGCUCUUGCAUUGAUGUAAUGACAACAAUGUUAAUGUUUAAGCAGCUUGUGUGGGCAUAGGCAACUGUCCAUGCUGCAACUGCGACACUGAAAAAGUCCCACCUGUCUGCGUGAAGUGCUGCAAAGAUGACUGAUGCCAAAAUUAGCCAGCCCUAUAUGUAUAUUUCUGAAGUUAGGAAAGCAGGCUUGUAUAAUUAAUAGUACUAGAAUUUAAUGUCAGAACUUGAAAAUUUUAAGUGCA